AUGUCGGUAUCGAAAUUGACCAAGAAAGGCUGUAUUUUAGAUGUCUCAUGUAGAUUCAUUCGAUUACCGGAUGAAUUGAUCGUAACCAUCCUGAAGAAAAUUAGAGACCCCAAAACCCUUAUUUGUUGCUCCUCGGUUUGCAAGCGCUUGCAAUGCCUUGUUUCCGAAGUGGACACGAUCUCCCUUAGAUUCUCGUAUCCGGGUGAGGCAGGCGGGUAUCUUCCAUGCUGGAAAUCACAUUAUCACGUUCCACAAUCAGCAAUCCCUGCCCUCAUGAAAGUGUUUGCUAAUCUGAUAUCUCUUGAAAUUAGGCUCUGCCUUUGCCCUUCACUACUACUUUCUUAUUAUGGAUUGGCCCGCAAACAUGCCUUCAAGUUCCAGCUGAAGGCAGUUGAUAUGAACGAUAACAUGCACACUCAUGUGUGUAUGGCAUUUGAGGUUGGAUUGUUGUCAACUGACGAUGAGGGGAUUUUAUCCCCUGCAUACCUGUUGAAUAUCGAAAAGGUCAAGAAUCCUCUGAUGUUGUCCUUUUUUCUUGCAAUAUUAUGUCAUCGGCCUAAAUCGCUGAGAAGUGUGGAGAUUUUGAGUGCUGGGAUACUGGGUGUUAGGUCAAAAGAUCGGUGUAGAUCAGAACCUAAGGUAGGGUAUAGAUCAGGUGGGAAUGUGUUUAUGGAAUCUGAACAGCUGGACAAGCUUCGUUGUUUGAUUUGGAAUACAAGAAUGAACAAGAGCUGGCUUAAGAAUCCACAGAAUCUUGUUUGUUGGCUUAAGAAGCAUGAUGAAGAUGAGCAUUGGCUUGGAGAGAAGUUGUGGCUUAUUCAUAAAUGGGAAGGAGAGAGAUGCGACAUGAAUAGAUCAAUUGUAAAGGAGAGAGAUGUGGAGGAGUUGCUGUGUGCUUUUGAUGAGGAAGCCGACGAAAAAUGA